GAAAGCUUGGCUCCCAUUUCUCUCUCUUUCUCUCUCAACUCUUCACUUUCAUUUCUUUCUCUCUGUCUUCUUCUCCUUCUCCAAACCUAUAAUUUCUUUCUUUCUUUCUUUAUUUUUUAUCCUUUUCUUUUUUAUAAUUCUAACUGUGUUUUCUCAGUUGCCCAAAGUGGUGAUUUGGGGAAACUUUGAUUUGGGAAAUGAACAAGGGACAGUCACCGGAGCCUCUAGAUUUCUUCAUCUGGACUGUUGAGGAUGUUGGCUUGUGGCUGGAGACUAUAAAUCUUGGCAGUUACCGCCAAACUUUUAAAGAACAUGGUGUUAAUGGCGAAUACUUGGAAGGAAUGUCUAUGUUCACAACUGAGCAGAUCCUUCGUUUCAUAAGACGCUGCCACAUGAGGUGGGGAGACUUCAUUACAUUGUGCAAGGAAUUGAGACGGAUUAAAGUGGCUUGUCUGAAAGGGGAGCAAAAGGUGCGGCGGCCGUGGUGGGCACCGGCAUGCCUAUCCACAGUGUUCUUAAAAGUUGCAAAAUCCAACAGACAAUCAAGAGUGGUUUCUUUGAAGCUGGAGCCAUAGAUGCAACACAACCACUGCCAUGCGUGUACUUAUAGCAAUUUUCUUUUUGCCUAGAGCACAGAAGGUAGGAAUUCACUUUUUUUGGUUUAGCCUUUUUUUUUUCAUGAUUCCACAAGGUGUAUGUUUCUUUUCUGGAGAACGAGGUCCUUGUGUAAUGAUUUAUGGUGCUGUGUAAUUAUGUAUUCUCUCAUAUUAUAUGAACGAAAAAUACUAUAUAUGCCUUUACUCUUCAAGUUCAA